AUGUUUGAAUUUAUUAAGAAUCGUUGGCAGGAUCUCCGCGAGGAGCAUCCGCGUCUCGAUGCGGUAGCCACAAAGGUCUGGAUGGUGGUUCCGCCCAUCAACUUCAUCACCAUUCACUACGCCUACUUCAUUUUCGGCUCACUCAUAUUCUCUGUUAUCUUCUGGGGAUCGAGCCAGCCAAGCCAGAGCAUUGACUAUAUCGAUUGUCUAUUCCUCGUCGUGUCCUCCUUUUGUGAUACAGGUCUAAACACAGUUAAUCUUUCCCAACUCACAACAUGGCAGCAGGUUCUGCUAUUUAUUCUGUUCAUCAUCGGAAGCGCACUUUGGGUCUCGUUCUGGACUGUUAUGGCAAGAAAACAUGCAUUUGAAAAACGGUUCGAGGAUAUUGUCAGGACGGAACGAGAAGCGAGGAAGCGACGCACUGCAUUGAGGCGCUCCAAGCCCCUUGGGAGAUUUAUCUCGUUCGACAAAUACAAAACAUCACCUGCUUCUACAGGAACUUCUGGUAUUCUACCAGGCCUGGGCACCAAACAGAAAACCGAGACCGAGAAAACCGACACAAACACAAACGAUUUGUUUACCACGACCAAGCCUAUACGCCGAGCCGUGACAGCUCCCGAGGAACCCAUAUCUUCCGACUCUGACGAUAAUGAUAGCAACAGAACACACGUUGCAGCUUCAUCGCGUAUACCUCCUCCAACUCCCAGUUCCGGUGAUCAUAUACAGUUUGCCAGCAACUUAUCACCCCGAAGUGGCGGCAGAGACAGAGACAGUGUCUCUAUCUACCGACGAAAUGACGACACUGAGCUCGACCGACAUCCUUCAAGGGCAUCUGUAGCAGACAGCGAUGAAUCAGAAGACUUUCUCUUGCACUGGAAGAAGAUCCUUGGCAGUCACAACACGAGCAAGAGAGGUCAGUUUUACGACCUUUCGUCCGAUGAACGUGAAGCCUUGGGUGGCUGCGAGUACCGUGCGCUCAAGGUCAUGUCUGUCACCGUCCCCCUUUACGGCUUCGCUUGGCAGGCCAUAUGCGGCAUUGCCUUGGGUGCUUGGAUAAACAACAACCGGCCAUCCGCGGCGACUGUAAAUGCCCAGAACCCUUGGUGGUGCGGCAUCUUCCUUUCUGCUUCGGCAUUCAACAACGCAGGCAUGUCACUCAAUGACGCAGGCAUGGCUGCUUUCCAAGACGGUUACUUUGUCCUGAUUGUUGUCGGUCUCCUGAUCUUAGCUGGCAACACUGCCUACCCUCUGCUUCUGAGAUUUUUCCUCUGGUGCAGUCUCCGACUGUUACAGUUGACGACUCAGCCCAAGACACUUGGGCCAUGGAAAGAGACCAUCGAAUUUAUUCUCAAGUACCCCCGUCGGGUAUACACCACCCUUUUCCCUUCAGGCGCGACGUGGUGGCUCUUCCUUGUCAUCUUUGUUAUUAACACGAUUGACUGGGUGGCCUUCGAAGUCUUGAAUAUAGGCAAUAAAGUUGUGGAGAGCAUGCCUGUAUCUGACCGUAUCAUUGCUGGAUGGUUCCAAGCAAUUGCUGUUCGUGCUGCUGGCUUCGCUGUCGUUUCCAUUGGAAGUCUUUACCCUGCUGUUCAGCUGCUGUACAUGAUCAUGAUGUACGUUUCCGUGUAUCCUGUUUCGAUCACGAUGCGUCACUCCAAUGUCUAUGAAGAGCGAUCCCUUGGCAUCUACGAGGAUGACCCGCAAGUCUUGGAAGCAGAGAACGGAACAGGUCAUCUCCGCACGAUCUCAGAAGCACCAGAAAAACCAGCACUGCGACGAAGAGUCACAGCCGCAGCUCAGAAAACAGUAAAAAAAUCCAUGACCUUUCACGGUGUUGGUGUGCGGCCUCCACCUAAAGGACCAGAUGAUAAUUCUCGUAUUUCCUUUAUUGCACAGCAGAUGCGUGGACAGCUUGCGCACGAUCUGUGGUGGCUUAUUCUCCCCGUCCUUAUCAUCAUGAUUAUCGAAACCGACCACUUUAACCAGCAGCCCCUUGCUUACAGUAUCUUCAACGUGCUGUUCGAGGUUGUUUCUGCCUAUGGAUGCGUUGGAUUGUCUGUAGGAGCCCCAGGUCAAAGCUACAGCCUGGCAGGAGGCAUGCACCGGGGCAGUAAGUUCGUGCUCUGUUUGGUCAUGCUCCGGGGCCGGCACCGUGGUCUUCCCGUUGCGUUAGAUAAGGCAGUUCGGCUACCAGGAGAGAACCUUGCUCGCGAAGAGGAGGAGGACUCAAAGAUUAGAAGAACAAACACCAUGUUCAGGAUGGCCAGUCGGGAAUCCAGGGCUGUUUAA